ACGAUUGUCUAAUAGAGGGCGCUGCAAGAACGACAACCCAUGUUACAAUAUGGCGGAUAUACCAGAAAACGCACCUGAUCAUUGCCCAGGAACUGAGAGUGAUCAAGCAGGUAAAUCAACAGCUUGCCAGGGAUGUCCUAACCAAAAUGUGUGCUCAACAAAACCGAAGGGACCGGAUCCUGAUUUGGGUGACAUUACAGAGAAAAUGUCAAAAGUAAAACACAAGCUGAUCAUUUUAUCAGGGAAAGGAGGUGUCGGAAAAAGCACUUUUACAGCUCAUCUUGCUCAUGGUCUUUCUGCAGAUGAUAAUAAACAGAUUGGAGUAUUAGAUGUUGAUAUUUGUGGUCCCUCUUUACCCAAGAUCUUUGGAGUGGAGGGAGAACAGGUUCAUCAAAGUGGAUCCGGGUGGUCACCUGUGUAUGUUGAUGACAAUCUCUCUCUGAUGUCAGUGGGGUUCUUACUAUCUAAAGCAGAUGAAGCUGUCAUUUGGAGAGGACCAAAAAAGAAUGGUUUAAUUAAACAGUUUCUACGAGAUGUAGAUUGGGGAGAAAUAGAUUAUUUACUGAUUGAUACUCCACCAGGGACCUCUGAUGAACAUUUGUCUGUAGCUCAGUACCUCAAGGAAAGUGAUGUAGAUGGUGCCAUAGUGAUAACCACACCUCAGGAGGUUGCUCUGCUAGAUGUCCGUAAAGAAAUAACUUUCUGCAAAAAGGUUGAUUUACCCAUAAUUGGUGUGGUAGAGAAUAUGAGCAGCUUUGUUUGCCCAAAAUGUAAAGUUUCCACUCAGAUCUUCCCAGCAUCUACAGGUGGAGGGCAGAAGAUGGCAGAGGAUAUGAAAGUACCAUUUCUAGGUUCUCUCCCCUUAGAUCCCAGGAUAGGUAAAUGCUGUGAUGAAGGGAAAUCCUUCCUAACAGAGGUUCCUGACUCACCUGCAACUCAGGCUUAUAAGGAAAUUAUGUCAAAAAUUGUUGACUAUUGUGUAAAACGAAAAGAAAGUAAAGAAAAGGACACCGGGGAGAUGAAGAAUAACAUAUGACGGACUUUCAUGUGGGGCAUAUUGUUUUUGAGUGCUUAUUGUUUUGCUUUGUGUAAUACAACACUAAAAAUAUC